AUGACCGCGAGUAUAUCGCCGCCGCCAUCGAAGCGGCGCAAGCUGGUUCAGACAUCUGGAGAGUCAGUUGCGGAUUUGUCGACAUAUCGCUUGAGGAUCUUCAGCCACAAUGUCAAUGGCAUCUCUCCAUAUCUGCAGCCAUCGAUCGCGAGCUUCUUCAAGCCGAAUGGCAAUAAUGAGGUCCCCAAAGCCUCCCUGCGAGACUUUCUUCGUCGGCAGGACUGGCCAACUGUGCUGUGUCUACAGGAGGUCAAGAUCCAUCCUGAGGACAGAGCGACAAUCAGAGCUGUCGAGAAAGCAGUCUCCGCGCCCAGCGACAGUGUCGAGCCAGACUACGUGAGUCAUGUCUGUUUGCCGUCGGACGCGCACAAUGCUCGAGGUUUCGGUCGAAAGAUAUAUGGUGUCGCUUGUAUCAUCCGCCGAGACUUCUUUGAGUCUCACGUAGAGAAAUUGAGGCUGGUCGAUUGGGAUCAAGAGGGUCGUUUCUUGGUGGUGGAAACGAAAGCUCUCGGGCCGGUGCCGCGGCUCGCAAUAUUCUGUGUAUACGCCGUGAAUGGGACAGACUUUCCUUACAAAGACUCGACAGGAAGGGUGACCGGAACUAGGCAUGACCGCAAACUGAUCGUGCAUGAGCUGCUUGCGGCCGAGUGUCGGGCGCUUGAGCACGGUGGCUUCAGCAUAGUCAUAGCGGGUGACAUCAAUAUAGCACGGUCUGCCUUUGAUGGCUUUCCCAGGUUGCGGACGAGUCCCGAGCAGCACUCUAUCAACCGAGUUGAUUUCGAGAAGAAAUUCUUUGCUUCGACGGAGAAUCUCUCACUAGGCGACGAGGACUCCACGGCUGAUCAAAAGGGCGAGCCUCCAACUCCAGGACUAGGCAUGAUUGACUCCUUCCGCCACUUACAUCCGGACAAGCGAGGCUACACGUACUACCCAAGAACGAAGGUAUUUGGUGCAAGUGCUGAUAGGGUAGACAUGAUUGUAGUGUCACGCUCACUAAAAGAUUGUCUGAGAGCAGCAGGGAUGCUCGAGACAGCUGCAGAGCGUGGCCCAAGCGACCAUGUUCCCCUCUAUGUAGAACUCGAAUUCAGGGAAGCGUGA